AUGAACAAUCCACCGCUAACCCAUAUUUUCCGCCUACCGUUUCGAGCAAUGGAAGAAGUAUAUAAGGGAUUGCACUCAAUAAUAAAAAUGAUUAGAAACCGUAUAAACAAUAAAUUCCCAAUCCUCCGUCUACCGUUUCUUGGCAUUCAAGAAAUAUUCAAAACGAUGGAUCCAAUCGAAAUAAUCAACUUCUCAAUGACUUCCAAACGAGCCAAAGCAGUAACAAAAAAUAUGAGCUUCUGUUCGAAAUAUACGAUCUGUCUUUAUAUAAAUAAAACAAUGGGAAUAUCAAUUGAGGGAAUCAAUAAUCUGGUAGCAUGUACUUAUCUAAUGACAUCAGACAAACAAAUGGAUGGAAAAACUGAGAAAGAUGAAAGUUAUGGUAACAUUUUACGGAGCGUUGUCAAAUAUACAAAUGAUCCAGUUGAGGAAUGGAAACAGUUGUGUAUAUAUGUAUUGGAAAUAUUCAACAGGCAGACAAUCGACAUUUUAACAACGACUAUGGAUGCAUUCGUAGAUCAGAACGUUCCAGUUAUUGAUUUUUUGAAGACAAGUGUGAAAUCAGUAAACAGCUGCAGUCUAUCUCAAAAGGAUAAAGCGAUCAAUGUAGAGAAGCAUACCGCUUAUUUCCUCGGUAAUAUACAAAUUAAUAGCGAGUUAUAUUUUGAUAUAUACAUUAAUAACGACGAUUUUAAUGGGCAAAUUCCAAAUAAUUUAAAGGAGUUAUAUAUCUUCAACUCGCAUUGGAUUGGAUUUGAGAGGCUGGUUGAUAUCGAUUGUAAAAAUGUGAUCCUGAGAAAUGAUCGGAUUUUGAAUAAAGAAUGGAAUUCGUUUAUCAAGAAAUGGGUAACGAUGGAGGCUCAGUUGAAUCUGGAAUGCCUGCAACUCGAUAACAGAGAACUAGUUAGAUUUAGAAAUCACGUAUUACAUGAUAUACCGCAUGAAGUGGUGGAUGGAGGAGUUAAACGGACCCUGAUAAGUAGUCAUGGUAGUCCGAGAGAGAUAAGCGGAGGGGUCGACAUCAGACGAAUCGAUGAAAAACGGCAACAUUCAUCGAGCAAUCUUAUGGAUUUUCGAUGA